UAUAUGUAUUUCCCAAUUUCAAUUAGAAAAUUAUUUCAUUGUCAGUUGCCUAACGGCGACUAAAAUGAAAAAUAAAAAACACGAGCACAAUCUAAUUGAAAGUACCCCCUUCUGCUCUCUGUCAUAUUAUUGAUAUUCAGAUAUUCAGAGGGCGAGAGAGAGAGAAAGAGACAAAAGAAGAGAGGGUUUUUGGGUGUUCAGAUUGAGGUUGAGUUUGAGAUGGAGAGCAGCGCCGUCCUUGGAGGUCUUCAGCCAAAUUUCCCACUUUGCCCCUCCCGCAAUACUUCUUCCACUCCUCUCCUCCGCCUCUUCUCCACCUCCCAUUCCUCUCCUUCUCUCUCUGUCAAGCUCCAAAAGCAGCUUCCUUUGGCUUCUUGUCAAGCAGCCUCUCCCUCUCCCUUUCGUCGAUGUGCCACAUUGUCUAAUACUUUUGUCAAUGAAACAAGUGAAUUAGCUGAUAUAGAAUGGGACAACCUCGGCUUUGCGUUUCUUCCUACUGAUUAUAUGUACGUCAUGAAAUGUGCUCAAGGUGAAAACUUUUCUAAAGGUGAAUUACAGCGUUUUGGGAACAUUGAAUUGAGCCCCUCAGCUGGAGUCUUGAACUAUGGGCAGGGAUUAUUUGAAGGUAUGAAAGCCUACAGGAAACAAGAUGGUAAUAUACUCUUGUUUCGUCCUGAGGAAAAUGCAUUGCGGAUGAGGUUGGGUGCAGAGCGAAUGUGUAUGCCAUCACCAUCUGUCGAACAGUUUGUGGAAGCUGUAAAGGCUACUGUUUUAGCAAAUAAACGUUGGGUUCCCCCUCCAGGGAAAGGUUCCCUAUAUAUCAGGCCAUUGCUAAUGGGAAGUGGUGCUGUUCUUGGUCUGGCACCUGCUCCUGAGUACACAUUUCUGAUUUAUGUUUCACCCGUUGGAAACUAUUUUAAGGAAGGUGUUGCGCCGAUAAAUUUGAUUGUUGAGCAUGAAUUGCAUCGUGCUACUCCUGGUGGCACUGGAGGUGUUAAGACUAUAGGGAAUUAUGCUGCGGUUCUGAAGGCUCAGUCUGCUGCAAAAGCAAAAGGCUAUUCUGAUGUUCUAUACCUUGACUGUGUUCACAAAAGAUAUCUGGAGGAGGUUUCCUCUUGCAACAUUUUUGUUGUGAAGGAUAAUAUUAUCUCUACUCCUGAAAUCAAGGGAACGAUCUUACCUGGCAUUACUCGAAAGAGUAUAAUUGAUGUUGCUCGUAGCGAAGGAUUCCAGGUUGAGGAGCGCCAAGUGGCAGUUGAUGAAUUACUAGAUGCUGAUGAAGUCUUUUGUACGGGAACAGCUGUGGUUGUAUCACCUGUUGGCAGCAUCACUUAUCACGGUAAAAGGGUGUCUUAUGGAGAGGGCGGGUUUGGAGCUGUGUCAGAAAAGCUCUACUCUGUGCUUACCAGACUACAGAUGGGCCUCACCCAGGACAAGUUGGAUUGGACUGUUGAGCUAAGGCAAAAAACAUACUGAAGUGAAAAUCCGAGUUUUACUCUCCCCGCUGCAGACUUGGAAAAGCACAAUGAGCAAGGAAGAAACCGCGUUGCUGACUUCCUUUUUAAUGGAAAGCAAAGCAAAAGUUGAGCUGAUGAUCAUAGAAAAAAGGUUCAGUUGCUUUCUUCUUAGAAAGAUUUUGUAGCAGUCAAUUAUGGGAAUGCUUUCCCUCCUUUGUCACAAACUACUCACAGAGCAUUUGACAUCUGUCACAGUCGGUCAUUACCAUUGUUGAGGAAAAUUAUUGGAGAUACACAGCUAUCACAUGGAUCAUCGUUUUAUGUAAUGAAUAGGAAAUACACAAUAAAUAAUUUAUCUUGUGAUUACAUACUUUUUUUCUUUUUCUUUUCGAUGAAUUAAUAAGAGUGUAGAUUAAGAGUUUUAGAGGCUAUUUA